AAAUGAGGAAAACAGUCCGUUAGAAAACCUGGAUCGACUGUUCCUGAAGUUUGGAGCUUUCCACUAUUUUAUUAUGAUUUAUAGAUCAGCAAAUAGCGACUGCUCCUGGACAAGCUGCACAUUUUGAAGAUCGCCUCCUGACUGGGCCACAUAAACAAAAAUAAAUCACACUAGAUUAUAUGGGAAGACUGCGGAGAUUGAUCUGGGGUCGAGAUGGCCAAAGCAGCAGAACAAGCCUACUACCGGUUCGUGGUCCUGUUUUUUAACUGUAUGCUGACUUUCGGCUCUUAUUUCUGCUUUGACAUUCCCAGUGUCCUGCAGGAGCAGUUUCAGGGGAAUUUGACAUGUUCGAACGGGACGGUGAGUAACAGCACUGGUAAUGGCACAGGAACGUGUGUGGAAGGUUUGGGAAUGACACCACAGGAGUAUAACCUGCUCUACGCCGUCUACGCCUGGACGAAUGCUGUGGUGGUCAUCAUGGCGGGAUUCCUCAUUGAUAAGUUGGGAAACCGCUUUGGCGUUUUUCUCUUCUCCUUCCUGACUGUGUUGGGCUCAGCGAUCUUUGCAUUGGGGUCUCAUUUUAAGGGCACGACGUACCUGUUGCCCCUCAUGUUGACUGGACGACUUCUGUUUGGAUCUGGAAACGGAUCCCUGACCAUUGUCCAGAACCGUAUCACGGCGUUCUGGUUCCGGGGGAAGGAGCUGGCUCUGGCGUUCGGACUGACCCUGGCCUUCUCUCGGUUGGGCUCGGUUCUGAACUUCUUCCUCACGCAGAGGUUUGAGUCUCAGUACGGGAUGCAGUGGACGCUGUGGGGAGGCACGUUCCUGUGUGUUCUUGGGUUCCUGUCGGCUGUAACGGUCAGUGUUCUGGAUAGGGUGGGCAUGAAGCAGCUUGGGUUGGAUGGAGUGAUUCAGGAGGAGUCACGCAAAGUGAGAGUUCAGGAUGUGAAGAGUCUGUCUCUCAGAUACUGGCUGCUGGUUCUUACCAUCAUGUUCUUUUAUAAUGGCAUCUUCCCCUUCAUCGCUGAUGCCAGUAAGUUUAUCCAGGAUAAAUACAGCGGGUACAGUCAGAAGGAGGCGGCGUACAUCGCGGGCGCUGUGUAUGACAGUUCACUGGUGCUGUCUGCCGCUGUCGGCAUCCUCAUCGACUAUGUGGGUCUGCGCGGUGUGUUUGCAGGGCUCUGUGCCGUGUUGACACUGCCUGUGUUUGGUCUGCUGGCCUUCACGUUCGUCCCUCCUCUCGUAUCCACCAUCUGGCUCGGCAUCACUUACUCAUUUGCUGCUGCGAGCAUGUGGCCUUCUAUCCCACUGGUGGUGCCUCAAGCCACAUUGGGCACUGCGAUGGGAUUGGCCACAUCCAUACAGAUGAUUGGCAUCGGCAUUUCCAAUCUGGUGGUGGGACAGAUACUGGGCACCAAGUCCAGUGAUGUUAAGAUCCCGCUGUGGAGAUGGCAAUAUAUGAUGAUCUUCAUGUUGGCCAAUACCAUCAGUUGUAUAAUCACCUCUGCAAUACUCAACAUCGUUGACUACAGACAGGGAAGCACUCUCAAUAAGACCACUAAGAGAUCCACGGCUCCGAGUCCCGCUCAGACAGACAGAGAACCGCUGAUGAAUGAAGAGGACAACGAGGAGAUCAGCAACGCUCCCUCCAUCAACAGGACCUAGAAGACCUUCUGACUCUCUUCUCCCUUAUUCUGGGACAUUGGACGUUACUAAAGGGAACACACAUGUGCUCUCCCAAGUGUGUCAUAUAAAGUUCAGUAUUAACUCUAACAUAAGUUUAGGCCAUUCCUAAACUAGUCUUGACUGUCAGAAAUGAGAAAUGAAUCAUCAUUCUUUUUAUUGAGGAAGCUGGUAUGGUAUCUGUUUUAUAAUAUCAAACAAACAAACAUCUGCUUUGUCACGUAUGAACAAUGUUGUUGUCUGACUCAUUUGAGGAAAUCAGAGGUUUCUAUCUGUAAAUUUACUGUUAUGUCAUUUUCAAACCGUGGUGAACUUGAUCAGAUUCAAUUGUUAAUACUGCUUGUGAACUUGUAUUAAUGCCUGAUUACAUACUGGUAAUAAUGUGUCUAUGAUGAAAUAAUAUGCAUUUUGCU